AUGACCAAGCUGAAUAAGGAGUCGGUCCAUGAGCUUUUGACUCAGGCUGAUAUGGUGGCUAGUUCUAUAGAGGAGCUGUGUAAAAUUGAGAAGGGCCCUGCGGUGAAUCCUGAUAAUCGUCGUUAUGAAGUUGGUGAUGCGUUCUGGAAAUCAUGCGACAUGC